CCGCGCGGCGUUAUUUUUGCAUCACUGACGCAUUUUGGACGCGUCUUGUUUUAUCAAAUAAUUCUAUACGCCGUUACAAGCGGUAAACUACUCUUUUCAUGACGACAAUAAUCCUACCGAAGCAUUGUGAGUUGGUUUCCACCAGUGAUGUCUCAGCAGGCCCAGCAGACGGGGGCCACGGCCCCUGACUCUCCCGUGAUGGUCGUCACAAGUAACGCGCAGAAAUAUGCCAUAAAGAAGAAGAAGGUCCUCAGUGCUGAAGAGAGCGAACUCUUUGAAUUGACCCAAGCUGCAGGGAUCACAGUGGAUCAGGAAGUCUUCAAGAUUAUCGUGGACCUGCUGAAGAUGAACGUGGCCCCUCAAGCAGUUUUCCAGACGCUGAAGGCGAUGUGUGCGGGCCUGAGAGUCACUGAAAGCUCCACGGAGUCCUCGCACACAGCGAGCACGACUGCAGCACCUGCAGAAGUCAAAGAGGAAGAAUCUCUGGUCUCUGGGAAAAGCCCCAAGCCCGCCGCAGCCCACCAUUCAGCAUCAGCCCCCAGAUCCGCAAGGGUCAACACUAAGAUUGUGGUCUACGGCCCCCAAGAUGCUAGCUCAGCUCACUCUCAAGUGCGCAAUAAACCCGGAGCAAGCCAGAGUGAGAAGAGUCGAGAGCCCUCCAGCCAGAAGGUGCAGCGGCAGCCAAGCGCCACCAGAGGGCAGAAGACCAAGAGUUCAGGCAGCAGUAGCUCUUCGUCACAAAUAAACUCGUCAUGAAAGCCUC